GACACGGGCAGCAGAUGCCCCAGCACUGAGCUCUGCCCAACAGGCUCCCCAGGUUCCUCUGUGCCGGCACCGAUUGGGCCAACGAGACUGAAGCUGCUGAUUGGACACCGCUGUUUAGGAUUAUGGCGGAUAAGUUCCAGUUCGCUAUAGACCGGGGGGGCACAUUCACGGAUGUGUUUGCGAGAUGCCCCGGUGGGAAAGUUCGUGUUAUGAAACUGCUGUCCGAGGACCCAGCGAAUUACCAGGAUGCCCCCACAGAGGGGAUCAGAAGGAUACUGGAGGAGGAGACCGGAUGUUCAUUCCCACGGGACCAACCACUGGACACAGGGAGGAUCGAGUGGAUCCGUAUGGGCACCACUGUGGCCACCAAUGCCCUGCUGGAAAGGAAGGGGGAGAGAAUUGCUCUGCUCAUCACCAAGGGCUUCCGGCACCUUCUGCACAUUGGGAACCAAGCCCGGCCCAAGAUCUUUGACUUGGAGAUCCAGAUGCCCGAGGUGCUGUACGAGGAAGUGAUAGAGGUGGAGGAGAGGGUGGUACUGACCCAGGGAGGCUGCUGUCUCCCAAAGGGCGAACCCACGGCGCCCCCUGUAGGUUCUACAGGAGAGUGUCUGGAGGUGUGGGAGCCGCUCAAUCUGAACCGCCUGGAGAUGGAUCUUCGGAAUGUACUGGCCCGUGGGAUCAGGAGCCUGGCUGUGGUCCUUAUGCAUUCUUACACGUGGUCUUCCCAUGAGCACCAAAUAGGGGAACUGGCACGCUCCUUGGGGUUCACCCAUGUGUCUCUCUCGUCAGAGGUGAUGCCAAUGAUCCGCAUUGUGCCCCGGGGUUACACGGCCUGCGCUGAUGCCUACCUCACCCCCUGCAUAAAGAGGUAUCUCCACGGCUUCUGCCGGGGCUUCAAGAACCAACUGAAGGACUUGCAGGUCUUAUUCAUGCGCUCUGAUGGAGGCCUGACCCCUAUGCAGAACUUUAGUGGCUCCCGUGCCAUUCUCUCGGGCCCCGCGGGAGGGGUUGUGGGUUAUGCCAUCACCACAUAUCACCGCGACCACCCGCAGCCGGUCAUUGGCUUUGAUAUGGGAGGGACCUCCACAGACGUGAGCAGAUACGCCGGGGAGUAUGAACAUGUAUUCGAAGCCACGACGGCGGGAAUCAGCAUCCAGGCCCCACAGCUCGAUGUCAAUACAGUGGCAGCCGGAGGGGGCUCUAUGCUCUUCUUCAGAUCAGGUCUGUUUGUUGUGGGACCAGAGUCUGCAGGAGCCCACCCCGGCCCAGCCUGCUACAGGAAAGGAGGGCCACUUACUGUGACUGAUGCCAACCUCUGCCUGGGCCGCCUCCUCCCUGACUACUUUCCCCGGAUCUUUGGCCCGUCGGAAGACCAGCCGCUCUCUCGGGAAGACACGCUGCACCAGUUUCAGAAGUUGGCUGCUGAUAUUAACCAGUUCCAGGCUGGGAGACCCGGUUCUGCUGCUUCACUGAGUGUGGAGGAAGUUGCUAUGGGGUUCAUCAGAGUGGCCAAUGAAGCCAUGUGCCGGCCAAUCAGAUCUCUCACUCAGGCUAAGGGCCACGACACUUCGCGCCACGUGCUGGCCUGCUUUGGGGGUGCCGGGGGGCAGCAUGCUUGUGCCAUCGCUCGCUCACUGGGCAUGAAAACUGUGUUUAUCCACAAGUACGGCGGCGUCCUGUCUGCGUUUGGGAUGGCAUUGGCCGAUGUGGUGCACGAGGCGCAGGAGCCCUGCUCUAUGGGGUACAGCCCCGAAUCAUUCUCCCUGCUGGAGGGACGCAUCGCAGCCUUGGAGAGGCGCUGCAUAGAGGCCCUGCAGGAACAAGGCUUCCACAGGUCUCAGAUUGACACGGAGCCAUUCCUGCACCUGCGCUAUGAGAGAACCGACUGCGCCCUCAUGUGCUCCAACCGGGGGUACCCAGCCGCCCAGGACUCCUGCCUCGUGGGCAACUUCAAACUGGCCUUCACUGACAGGUACCAGAAGGAGUUUGGAUUCACCAUCCCCUCGCGCGCCAUUGUGGUGGAUGACAUCCGAGUGCGAGGGACGGGCAGCACCGGAAUCCGCUGCGAGACUGCCGUUCAGCCGAGUGGGCAGCCUGCCCGAGUGGAGGCAGUCGCCAGAUGUUACUUUGAGGACGGACACCAUGACACAAACGUGUACCUCCUGCAGGACCUCGCCCCUGACCAUUCCGUUACGGGACCCGCCAUUAUCAUCGACAAGAACAGUACCAUCCUGGUGGAACCCGACUGCACGGCCUCUAUAACCGAAUACGGAGAUGUCCGGAUCUCCAUUGGGAGCGGAAGGCAGAGGGGGGUCGGCACGGAGUUGGACACAAUACAGCUGUCCAUCUUCUCCCAUCGGUUCAUGAGCAUUGCAGAGCAGAUGGGCCGUAUCCUGCAGAGAACCGCCAUUUCCACGAACAUCAAAGAGCGACUAGACUUCUCCUGUGCUCUCUUUGGCCCUGAUGGGGGCUUAGUGUCUAACGCUCCCCAUAUACCUGUCCAUCUGGGUGCCAUGCAGGAGACAGUCCAGUUCCAGAUCAGGAACCUGAAGGAUGAUCUGAAGGAAGGGGAUGUGCUACUGAGUAAUCACCCCUGUGCCGGGGGCAGCCACCUCCCAGACCUUACGGUUAUUACCCCUGUGUUCCGGGUGGAGGCCCCACGCCCAGUGUUUUUUGUGGCAUCCAGGGGCCACCACGCCGACAUUGGGGGGAUCACACCCGGCUCCAUGCCACCCCACUCCAAGACCCUGCGGGACGAGGGGGCAGUGUUCACCUCAUUCAAACUGGUGCGAGGGGGGGAAUUCCAGGAGGAAGCGGUUACUGAGGCUCUUAUGGCUCCUGGUCUGAUCCCGGGCAGCAGCGGGACGCGCAAUCUCCAUGACAACCUGUCCGACCUGCGGGCGCAGGUAGCGGCCAAUCAGAAAGGCAUCCAGCUGGUGAAUGAGCUGAUCGAUGUGUAUGGGCUGGCCGUGGUACAGGCCUACAUGGCGCACAUUCAGGCCAAUGCCGAGGUGGCUGUGCGGAACAUGCUGAGAGACUUUGCUGAGCGCUGGGAGAGCCACAAGGGGGCGCUAGAGGUGGAGUCUGUGGAUUACAUGGACGACGGUUCCCCAAUUAAACUGAAAGUGCGGAUAAACAAGCAGGAGGGCGGCGCUCUCUUUGAUUUCACUGGAUCCGGAUAUGAGGUGUUUGGGAACUGUAACGCCCCGCGCGCCAUUACCCUCUCUGCUCUUAUUUAUUGCCUCCGCUGCAUGGUGGGCCAAGAUAUCCCUCUUAAUCAGGGCUGCCUGACCCCCAUCCAGGUUAUCAUUCCCAAAGGAUCCAUCCUGGACCCCUCUCCUGACGCGGCUGUGGUCGGGGGUAAUGUGCUCACAUCGCAAAGGAUCGUCGAUGUCAUCUUCAAGGCCUUUGAAGUCUGUGCGGCAUCUCAGGGCUGUAUGAACAAUGUAACCUUUGGCAACAAGACUACGGGUUACUAUGAGACAGUGGCUGGCGGGGCAGGGGCGGGACCUCACUGGCACGGUCGGAGCGGCAUCCACACUCACAUGACCAACACCCGCAUCACUGACCCAGAAAUCUUGGAGAAACGAUACCCCGUGGUGCUGAAGCGCUUUGAGCUGUCCCCUGGUACCGGCGGCGCAGGGAAGUUCCAUGGAGGGGAUGGAGUGAUCCGGGAGCUGCUGUUUAGGGAAGAUAUUGUUUUAUCGGUGCUGACGGAGCGGCGAGUGUUCAGACCCUACGGGUUACAGGGGGGAUGUAGUGGGGCCCCCGGGCUCAACCUCCUGCGCAGGAAGGAUGGAACAACCAUUAACCUCGGGGGCAAAACGUCAGUGAAUGUGGAGCCGGGGGACACGUUCACCCUUCACACCCCAGGAGGUGGGGGGUUUGGGGUUCAGGAGGGGAACCAAAGUACCCCGGUACCCGUAAAGGUUCUCAGUCGCAGCUUUGCCGAGCGCGGGAGCGUGUUCGAGUACCGCAAAGCUCAGGAAACUGUAUGACCGCCAUUGGGCCGCAGCCCCUCCAUCUCAUCUGCUGAACAGGGCAGCGUUGGACAGGACUGGCACACACAUUAGGGGAAAGAAUCUGAAGAUGAUUUGGUCCCUCCGGUGACCCACUGGGCCCCCCAGCUCUUCAUCCGCUGCCAAAAUAUCACCCAAAAAAAGAAGUUCCCAGCGCAGUGGCAGCAGGUUUAUACAGACCCCUCCAACAGACGGGUCAGUAGGGUCCUGGCCACAUGGACCGAGCAGCAGUAGUGUGUAUUGUAGAUAGGGGUCUACUGCUCCAGUAGCCCAGAGAAUACACCGUGCACCUAAUUGUUAUAAAGUCUCAUUUGGUUGUCUCACCCUUAUUGUGCUGUCCCUACAAGUGCUGCUCUAGGGGCUACUGGCAAUUGACUAGGUGGGAGCACAUUAUGGCAGUCAGCCCUCCGUGGGCCAAACAUAAAGGAAUCGGUGUAGCUGCCGUCGCCUACAGACAAUAAAGAGUUUUACAUGA